UAUUUCAUGAGGUCAUCAGCACGCGCCCAUUUCAUACAGCGAUCUUGGUAGGAUUUUACUGUCUGUGAACGAUUUUGCUCGCUCAUUCUUCGGCUGAGAGAUAUUGUUUAUCUCGUCGAAACGAUAAACCCUAGCUCACGUCAUACAUUUAAUUCAAAUUAGAAACAUUGUGUUAGAAUGGAGUCGACUGAGGAAAACAGUCCUUGCAAUUCUGAGGAAAAAAGUAACCCGAGUCUGUCUGCUGCACAAAGAAGAGCUGAAAUUCGGAGACGAAAAUUGCUGAAGAAUUCCGAAGACAGGAUAAACAGAAUAGUAGGGUAUAGUAAAACCGACGGAGAAAACAGUCAAUCCCCCAAACGUGUGGUGGAGCCCCGGUUCCACUUGGACUUGGACAGAAGUGAGUCCUGGUCCUCCCCUGUUGUUGCAACUAAAAUACUCUCUCCAUUCCUGUCUGACCCCAGCCACACCCCGGAGCGGAGAGGCUCUCCCCUGCCCGACACCAGCGAUAACUUGAACAGCAGCGGUUUCCUGGAGGAUGACCUGGUUGGGGUUGUCAGACAGAGACCGCGGGGGGAACUGGCUGCAGACGAGCACUCCCGCCCCCCUGCCAAGGGUCUGCAAAAGUACCUGUCUCGCUUUGACGACGCUAUGAAGCUCAGGGGUCAGCUUGCCAACGAGAAGGCUGCCCAGGAGAGUAGCUCAGAGACAGAGGAGCUGGACUCCUUCCGGCUUUUCCGACUUGUCGGGAGUGUUAUCCUGGCUGUGUUUGUCAGAGUCUUUGCUUGCAAAUACUUGUCCAUAUUUGCACCAUUCCUUACUCUGGAGCUGGCCUACAUGGGGUUGCACAAAUAUUUUCCAAAGGUGGAGACGAAGCCCAAGACUACCGUUCUGACUGCGGCCCUCCUGCUGUCUGGCAUUCCGGCUGAAGUCAUCAACCGCUCCAUGGACACGUACAGGAAGAUGGGAGAUGUGUUUGCAGACCUUUGUGUCUAUUUCUUCACCUUCAUCCUCAGUCAUGAGCUCUUGGUCCUGUUUGGCUCAGAGCUGCCCGAGGGAUCUUAGGCCUCUCUGUGUGUUUGUGUGUGUUGUCAGUGCUUGUCGGUUGAGGCCUGCCCUGGAUGUCCCCUACUCUGCCCUGGCCCCUCUCUCUCUAAUACUUCCUGUCUUUUCAGUGAACUGCUGUUACUGGAGACAUGGACACAAAAUAUCGCUGUCCGGAGUGAUGCUGAACUCUCAGAUUUCCGUUGGAGAAUUAAAAUAAAGGUCACUAAGCCUCAACUAUUUUAUUUUCAGGUUGUUUAGUAUAUUUCAAUAUGAACUAUGCUUCUUCUCUCACAUACUCAUGUAUCAAGCUCUAGUUGGAUGUGGCUUAUGUUUUUUCUGUAACAUUGUGUGAUCCUUUCUGAAUGUGUAAUGACCAUCUCAUAAGUAUUUAGUCGAAUAGAUUGGAUCGCUUCACUUUAGGGCUGUGUGACCUCUCCACUUUAGGGCUGUGUGACCUCUCUCUCUAUCUCUCUCGCGCGCUCUACUGGAACUUCAGUGUGUUUGGAUUGUAAUGUAUUUGUGCUGAGCGGGGUGGUGUGGGGAUUUGGAAUGUCCCUGACUGUAUGACUGUGUCUAUCUAAUCUCCCAUCAAGCAUACUCAACCAAUCGCAUGCUCUGUCAGUGUCUAAAUCAGUCACAGCCUAUAUUAAAUUAUUUAAUUUCAUGGAAACAUAUUUUGCAAGUAUGGCUUACUUGUGUAUGUUUUCUUGAUUGUUUUGAGGUUUAUGCCAUAAUUUAUGUGUGUUGUAAAGUGAUCCUGGUUUUUAUUUAUGGUUCAUAUUUAACUUCAAAUGAUUAUUAUUUAAGGUUAAAUGAUUAAUAUUGCUGCUUUUGAUGGUGAUAGAUUCUGCAAAUAUUUACCAAAAUGUAAAAAUGAUAUGAAUUCCUAAGUCUCAUGGCAACAAUAUGCUUAAAGCAAUUGUCACUGUAAGAUGUUUUUCAUUAUUUUUCAGUUGAUAUUAACUCAGUUAACAUAUUAAUUCAGUAAAUGAAUAGUAAAAUGUCACCUCAACAACAUACACUGUUUUUUGUUUUGUGUACGGAGUCCAGUGUUGCCAGUGCCUCCUUGUGUGUGGAGGCAGCGUUGCAGCAUUAGCAGGAUAUAUGUAUGUUUAAGGGGCAAGGCAGAGAGGGCAUACAGGACAUCUACUGCUCCUUAGCUACCACAGGAAUGUAGAAGUAACCAUGGUAAUUGGUGAGAAGCAGUUAGCCAGAAACAAAGCAUUGUUUUGCUGUUACUAAAAUGUGUGUUUUUCCUUGCCUCCCAUUGUUUUCGAUAGUUUGGGACUAUAAAACUAUUAGGAUGUAGAUACUCUGCUUUACAAUCCCCGCCCUGCAAGGAACAUCUUAAGAAGAUGGCAAGACAAGUACAUGUAGUUGAAGAUUGCUCAGACAAGUUUACCGCCAUCAAGCAAAAUGUUGACGCUAAGUGUAAAACAAUAGGGUUCUCUUGACUUAUCAUUGUGGCACCAUAAACCCUCUGCCUGUUACAGAAAGUGAGUAAAGUGUCCAGCUGCUUUAUUAAACUUGGAACAUUAAAGAUAAAUUAAACUUAAAUAUUUAAACAGGAGUUCUGUCAAGAAAAAGCUACUGGGAAUGCAAACAUGUUGUCUGAAAUGGCUUGUGGUAUUCAUCAUUGCUGUGAUGUAGGCAAAAUGCAUAAUAAAAGGUAAUAGACA